AUGGAUAUCCACUGCAAGGCAGAUCCCUUCUCCGCCAUGCACCGGCACGGCGGCGUGAACCAGCUCGGCGGGGUGUUCGUCAACGGAAGACCCCUCCCGGACGUGGUGCGCCAGCGGAUCGUGGAGCUGGCCCACCAAGGGGUCCGGCCCUGUGACAUCUCCAGACAGCUACGGGUCAGUCACGGCUGCGUCAGCAAAAUCCUCGGCAGGUACUACGAAACGGGCAGUAUCAAACCGGGGGUGAUCGGGGGGUCCAAGCCGAAGGUGGCGACCCCGAAAGUGGUCGACAAGAUCGCCGAGUACAAGCGCCAGAACCCGACCAUGUUCGCCUGGGAGAUCCGGGACCGGCUGCUGGCCGAGGGCGUGUGCGACAACGACACCGUGCCCAGCGUUUCGUCCAUCAACAGGAUUAUCCGCACCAAAGUCCAGCAGCAGUUCCACCCGUCCCCCGACGGAUCCGUCACGCCGCUCUCCACGCAGGGACACACCAUAGUCCCCAGCACAGCCUCCCCGCCUGUGACCAGCGCCUCCAACGACCCCGUAGGAUCCUACUCCAUCAACGGCAUCCUGGGAAUCCCCCGCUCCAACGGCGAGAAAAGGAAACGAGACGAAGUUCUCUGGACAGGCAACCACUUGGACGGAAGGAAAAUAGGACAUUGCGGUUCUGACGGCUCAGGCCCGGGCAGCGAUUCUCAGGGCAGCGUGGAGAGUUUAAGGAAGCACCUGCGAGCGGACGCGUUCACCCAGCAGCAGUUGGAGGCUCUGGACCGCGUGUUCGAACGCCCGUCCUACCCGGAUGUCUUCCCUACUUCCGAACACAUCAAACCCGAGCAGGCGAACGAGUACUCCCUCCCGUCCCUGAACGCUGGCCUGGAAGACGUGAAGCCGAGCCUCUCCGGCAGCGGCAGCUCCGACCUCGCCUCCAGCGUCUCUCAGAGCUACUCGGUUGUGACAGGUCGUGACAUGGCGAGCACCACUUUACCAGGCUACCCGCCUCACGUCCCGCCUACGGGACAAGGCAGCUACCCCACCUCGACACUCGCUGGAAUGGUUCCAGGAGGGGACUUUUCUGGAAACCCUUAUUCUCAUCCACAGUACACUACUUAUAAUGAAGCAUGGAGGUUCAGCAAUCCAGCAUUACUAAGUUCCCCUUAUUAUUAUAGUGCCGCAUCCCGUGGCUCCGCACCUCCCACCACUGCCGCUGCCUACGACCGCCACUAGUUACCAUGGAGACCAGCUCAAACUGCAGGGCCACGGCUUCGGCCUCCGUAUUGUCCCCGUCUGAGAAAACACUGAGGUCAAAGGGAAUUGUGAGGAGGAGAUCCUAAAGGAAAAGCCACCAGGUCACGCAGACUAGAGGAAGGAUCGGCAAGGUGGAUGCCAAUGCGUCAGCGUUACACACUUCAGGCCAUAAGAGUCACCACAACCAUCACGGCCUCACUGCCCCGCAGCCCUGAACAUUUCCAGAAUGACUUUGAAGAGAUUAUAUAAAUAUAUAUAUUAUGAAAUAUAAAUUGAAGACGCGUGAAGAUUCCAUGUGGAAAAAAAAAACAUCUUGUGGGAUUUUAUUUUGCCUCUUAGUUGCUGUUGUUGGUGUUGUUCUUUUACUCACGCAUCCUCACGUUCCUCAUCAUGAGUUGCAGUAUUUUGCAGCUUUUAAAGUCCCUGUAAAGUGAAUUCCGACUUGUACUAAAUACAUUACACAGCAAUUUUCACCAUUUCAGUUUUCCUGAUUUUUUUGUGUCCAGUGGCACCCCUUGGCGUCCCGCAUGAGUCCACUCCUCACCCACUAGAUAAGAACCUAAGCGCCUACGUUCACAUCACUGGUUAUCUUGCGCAGUCGUGAGUAACUUGGUUACUAAUACUGGACCCAUUUUUACCACUACAACUAGCUAGCCAGCUAUGCCCACACCACGAAAAUGCAUCUUCUCAAGAUCCCACAAUUUACAUAACAGUUUAGUGCGUCAUUUGAAUUCCCGAGCCAGGAGGUGACCCCGGGAUGAGCCCACUGCCCGUCCGCCGGCCGAGAGGAAGGACCCCAGUUAGCCCGCGGGGUCGCUGGUGGCUAGCGCCUCUCAUGGAAGACCCCGCGACGACCCAGUGGGAUGUAUUCCAGUCACCGCAGGCUUCAAGCGGAUAUAUUUUUGCAGCUCAAACAUAUAGAGAUGUGUAGGUAAAGUAGCAUCCAUUUUUCAGGUCAUAGUCGCGGUAUUUGAUUGGAGACAACGGCUUGAAUUUUCACGAUUUCAAAGCCUCAAUUCAAAAUGUAGCAGGGUUGUUAAAAACACUCUUCUUUGGUGUGUGUCAAAUUUAGAAGACAGUUCUUUUCACUUAACAAGGACUUUAAUAAGAGACAAAUGCUUUCAUAGCUUGAUGGUAAAGAGAAUUGUGUUGAGAGGCCCCCGUUUGACGUUAAUUAUCAUCCUGGCUCCGUGUCGUAGGGACGUCCCGACUGUGGUGCUUCUGCUCCGCCAUCUAAAGCAUUUGCUAUUUGCCGAGCCCACAAAGAAAUGGCAGUGUCAUGUGGCAAACAAUCAGAUGUAAAUUGUUUUUCAAAAUAAACAUGUCGACUUGUAAUUUUAAAUAUGUUAAAUUAUUUUUUUCUGUCACAAAUUUUUAUGUAAACAAAAAAAAGAAUGCACCGAUUCUGAGCGUAGUUGUCACACAUAAUAUUCCAGUUAUGUCCAUCAACAUCCUUUGCUCCUUUUUUUGCACUAUUACCUACUUGGUUUCUUUUCCAAAUUCAGAAAACGAUUUUUGGAAUCUUUUGAAUUUGUGGUGUGCAUAGACAUCGGUAGAAGUCAGUGGACUUUGUAAGCCAUAGCUCCUUGGCUCCACUCAAAAUUCCUAUUCAGCUACUUGGUCAUACCACUAGAUGCCUACAGUUGAGCAUACCAACUGUAAAUUAGCUUCAACGUAUGCCUUAUAAACCGAAUUGUUCAACUUCAGUGACAUUCAAGACAUACACACCGCCCUCCUUUGCCUCGCAUUUAACUCUCGCUGUGGACCGAAAGAAAAUACUGGUUCUUUUUGUUUCGACUAUUUUGUGAAUGUACUUUUAACUACAUUUGCCAAAGACUUAGUUUGAUAUUUAAUAUUUUAUUUACAGUGUACGUGUGCAUAAAUGAAGCAGUAUUAUCUUCGAAAACAAGAAAAACAUAACGUCGCCAACAACGAACAAGGUGACAUCCGGCGAUAAUUGUGUUCCGCUGCUUUGUAGAACAAUUUGUGAAUAUUGUGAAGACAAUUCUUCUUUGUAAAUACUGUCGUAGUAUCACACUACUGAAACGGCUCCCUUUGUAGAUAAGCAGACCGAUGCAUUUACAUGUGUGUCUUAAUUGUCAUGUUGUGCUGUAGAGGAAGGCGCAACUGCUGUGUAAACCCCAGGCUACAUGCUGUUUGUAGCAGGCUAACAUCGCAAAACUGUAGGCUGUCCUUGUCAUUUUCUGUCCAUGAUAAUGUUUUAUGUCACUAUGCAACAAGUUCAAUGGCUUAUCUGUAUCAUCUUUUGUUGGUGGGCCUCGAACUAACGCUUCUAUGGGAAAAAGGAGCGCAGCGUCCAAGUCUGUUCCUUUUAGCGAGGGUUAGUCCGUGUCAAUAAAAGAAAAAACAAAAACAAACAAAACAAAAAAAAAGAUCAACACUACUGUUGUCCCGUCGGCCAUUUAUAGAUGUUGUGAUCAUUGAGUUAAUCCAAUUUACGGUCAGCUCUCAAUGUAUAGACGCAUCCAUCUCAUUCCUUCCUACUAGUAAACCCAUAUACUGUACAUCCUCUGGUAACAUGAUGAUGUCAGAGAAACAGACUGCUCUACAUGCAGCUGGACGUGUGAAAAGGAGUGAGUGCACAGUGCACGCCACGAUCAUUUAGUCGGGAAUCUUAGCUGUGCUAAGUGGAGCACCUGUGAGGGCAUGGGUCUGUUGUAACGAUGAUACAGGUGAUGUGUCAUGGACAUCAAAAAAUGAUUUCUGAGGAGAAAAUCUAUAUGGAAAGCCCUGUGGCCUCAAUCAUUGCUCUGUUUCACUU